CAAUGUAGGGCAAAUGACGCACCCACUAAGCCACGCCGCUCGCAACUGUUGGUCAGUGGCGCUCGCGUGACCCUUGUUUCUGCCAUUCGUGUGAUAAUGGCUUGUGCGGCUAGGUUGCACUCGUCGCCACUCUCUCACGCUCUCCUCCCAUUUCUUUGUCACCGGACUAGUCUUCCCUCUAGUCUCCGCCGAUUCACCUCAAUCGGCGGUCACAUCUCUACCCGAAACCGGUCCCAAGGUCCGUUAAUGGCAGUCCAAGCCCAGGCCAAGCGAGGCUUCUCGUUCAAAGGAGUCGAAGUAGCUUCUCCUGCUGAUCUGUACUUUGAAGCACCACUCAAAAUUGUGGAAUAUCCAGAUCCUAGACUGAGAGGAAAGAAUAAGAAAAUUGAUACGUUUGAUGAUAAUUUGAAGAAGUUAGCAGAUGAGAUGUUCGACAUAAUGUACAAAACUGAUGGCAUUGGGCUCUCAGCUCCACAAGUUGGAGUUAAUGUGCAACUGAUGGUGUUUAACCCAGUUGGUGAACGUGGUGAGGGAGAGGAGAUUGUUCUUGUAAACCCAAGAGUCAACAAAUAUUCAAAAAAGGUGGUGCUUUUCAACGAAGGGUGCUUAUCUUUUCCAGGGAUCUAUGCUGAUGUGGAGAGACCAGAAGCAGUAAAGAUUGAUGCAAUGGACGUUACUGGUGCAAGAUUUUCAGUUAGCUUGUCCGACCUUCCUUCACGCGUUUUCCAGCAUGAAUUUGAUCAUUUGCAGGGAAUUCUUUUCUUCGACAGAAUGACGGAAGAAGUUCUUAACAGUAUCCGUGCAGAACUACAGGCCUUGGAAAAGAAGUACGAGGAUGAGAUGGGAAUUCCAAGCCCUGAAAGAGUAGAUACCCGCCGAAGAAAGGUGGCUGCCGGCUUUGGAAAAUCAUGAAUUAAGAUAGAGGCUUCAGCAGAUGCAUCAGGAGCAUAAGCACAGAUUGAACACAAGUAUUAUGGAUUGUGGCGGGUGCCUUGGACGAUUCAUUUACAAGAAGUUGGCAUCAGAGAGAUUCGUUUGUUCAUUUGUAUUUGGUAGUGUUAUUUAUAAAUGGCGUUUAUUAUUCUGGUUCUGAACGUUUAAUAGGUUACAACUAGAUGACCUAAAUUCAAGUUGCCCAGAUAAUAAUUGUAGUGCUUUAGCACAUCUAUUUGCUUUGAGAAUGAGGCAAUAGUUUUUUAAAACCCAAUUCCAUGUGACAGAUUUUCCUAAUGGGCAGGUUUGGUGUUUGGAUUUGGAAUUGAAGGAACUUUAGUUCAAAAUUUAUAGUAAAUUUUCUCUAAUUUCAAA